UUUUGUUUCGUCCCCCCUCCCUGGCCGAGUGGGCUCGCCCGCGGUGUGCGGGCGCUGGCGGGCGGGCGGUACCAUCGCGGCGGGGGAGGGGGGCGUGGCGCUGGGCAGAGCUGCGCUUGACGCGCUCUGCGGGUAUUUACCUCGUUUUCUGCGCGUUUUCUGUCAGUAACCGCCGGGUGAAGCGUUCGUAUCGCCACCCUAAAAGGCUGUCGUGGAGCACAAGGUCUUUGCAGUCACUAAAGCCUCCCUCGCUCCGGGCUUGCUGGACUGCAGGCUUCAUUUUGUGUUGAAUUAGGUAAUGCUGGAAACUGUCCCUGCAGAGGAAUUACCUGCAGCCUGAAUAAACAGACUAUCAACAGGAAAAUCAGCAGGGAUGGCAGUUCGGCGUGUGCUGAAAGCUGUCUUGGUAGAUCUCAGCGGCACACUUCACGUUGAAGACUCAGCUGUGCCAGGCGCUCAGGAAGCUCUUAAAAGGCUCCGCAGUGCUCCAGUUAGCAUUCGCUUUGUGACCAACACAACAAAAGAGUGCAAGAGAGACCUGCUGGAGAGGCUCACGAAACUGGGAUUUGACAUUGCGGAAAAUGAGAUCUUCACAUCUCUGACAGCAGCCAGAAAUCUCCUGGAGCAAAAGCAGGUGCGGCCUCUUCUCCUGGUGGAUGAUAAGGCCUUGCCUGAUUUCACAGGGAUAGCCACGAAUGACCCUAAUGCAGUGGUAGUAGGACUGGCUCCUGAGCACUUUAAUUACGAGAUGAUGAAUAGGGCAUUUCGGUUGAUAUUAGAUGGUGCUCCUCUCAUAGCUAUACAUAAAGCCAGGUAUUUCAAGAAAAAGAACGGCUUGUCUCUGGGACCUGGACCUUUUGUAACUGGACUGGAAUACGCGACAGACACCAAAGCUACGGUGGUGGGGAAACCAGAGAAAACCUUCUUCCUAGAAGCUUUACGAGGGACUGACUGUGCCCCAGAGGAGGCCGUCAUGAUUGGUGAUGACUGCAGGGAUGAUGUUGGAGGGGCCCAGAACGCCGGCAUGCGUGGGAUUUUAGUGAGGACCGGUAAAUAUCGACCAGCAGAUGAAGACAAAAUCAGUCCAGCUCCUUACUUAACCUGUGAGAAUUUCCCAGAGGCUGUGGAACAUAUCCUAGAGCAUCUGCUGUGAGAAAGGGAGUAGUCAGAUUGAAGAAACUUCUGUUUCACUUAAUUCCCGUUAUUCUUGCUUCAAAAGUAAAGGCCACAGGAUCAGUGCAUGCUCCUGAAACCUAGCCCUGAGGAAAGAGGAUUGGUCUGUGGCCACAGCAUAGUCACGGCAAAGUCCUUUUCUUGUAGUGGUUGCAUGAGGAUGCGAUUAGAGACCUGAGGCACUCAGCAGGUUAGACAGCAUCAGGAAGGCUACAACCAAUAGAGCUUGUGUUCAUAAUUGAUUAGGGAACAUGGCACACAGAGUUCUGCUUGUUUUUAGCUUUCAAAAAGUAACAGAUUAAAACCCUGUCUUAAAGCAUCAAAUUCUUGUAUCGAAUUAGUGAUACUGUAAAACCUACUGGAAAUACUCAAUUAAAUAACGCACAAAGACUAUCAGAGCCCUAGUCAACCUGUAGUAAUAACAGCUAGGUCUGUUCUCGGGGUUUGUUUUCACUGAGUAUGUCUCUGCUCUGUUGUAAUUUAAAGGUAGAGAUUAUGCACAUCUAGGGGUGACUUUUAAAUUAAAAUAUCACCAUUAUUAAUAAUAACUGCUGUUGAUGUUUUUCUUCUCAUUAGAAGAGACACUGGUUUUUGUUCUUCAAAUUUUGUGUGAAAUCAAAACUUACAGAAUUUUAAGAUAUUUCAACUAGAUGCUGUUACUAAAACAAAUGGUACAGAAACAAAAAUCUGGUAUUAAAUGGCUUAGAAACUAUGAAUGUUUGAAGUUAGACUUCAGCAGGGUCCUAUUAAUGCUACAGUUGCAAAAUUUCACUAUUGUUGUUUUUUUGUUUGUUUCUAAUAUUAUGGGAAAAAUGCUUUACAAGCCAUGGGGACAGAUUUGAGUUUUUGUGCAGUUGGUUAGUAGAGCUAUAAAAUGAAAUUUAAUUCUGUAGUAUGUGUUGCUUUUCCUACACAUGUUAAAUACACCAAUAUGAACCAACUUUGUAAUGAUGGUAAAUAUAUUUUCUAGUCCAUUCACACACUGUACUAAUCAAAGUCCUUUACAUUUGUUCUACAGUGCUCCUGAGUGUUAAAAUAUUAGAAUGUAAUUAUAUAUUGCUGCAGUAUUAACCUUACUGAAAAUACAAUUUUGUGUUAAUGAGCUCUGCUGAUUCUUGUUAAGGAAAACCAUCAUGGUGAAUGAGUGGGACACUCUCCAUAAAUGAAAGAUUGUCUAUCUGUAAUCUCAUCGGGUGGGUGGUUACUGAGAUUUAAUCUCUGUCAGUGACAAAACAUAUAUGGACUGAGCAGGCUCUGCAGUAGAAAUGCAAGAAACAACAGAAACCCCUGGACAUAAUAAGGGCCAUCUUCAGAUAUUAUUUGUGUUGUAUCCUGUAAAAUGUAAUAGUGCUAAGCACAGAUCUUAUGUGUAACAAGGUGAACAUCAUCUGUGUUAAAAGUGUAUGGUGGAUCUAUAGGCAAACUCAUGUGAAGAAAUUUCUUACCAAAAACUUUGGAAAAUGUGAAUGAUGCUAGAAAAAAGACUGUCAGUUCUUCAGAGACGGUGAUACUCAGAAAAACAACCGCCCCCCAAAAGACCGGGUAAGGAGAACACUAGCAGAAACGCAAAGAGGAUAACUGCCUUGAGGGUGGGUAAAAGAAGGGAAGUAAUGGGACCCUGAAGCCUGAGAAAUGUUUAUUAGUAUAUGGAGUUCAAUAAAAUCAUUGUUUGAAGGA